CUAGUUUUGAUCUAAGCGCUCUCUCUCUAACUCUCCCUCUCUUUCUCUCACAACUCACCAGAACAAUUCCAUGGCAGGGAAGAGGUUAUUUCAAGAUCUUGAUUCUGACCAAGAAAAUAAGUCCGAGAAACGGAUUAAAUCUGUACUACCAUCCCUUGCCUCGCCAAUUUCCAGUGUGUUUGGAGCAUUGAUCUCAGAAAACACCCUUCGUUCUGUCCUAGAGCCCGUUAUUAGAAAAGUUGUAAGACAAGAAGUGGAAUAUGGAAUUAGUAAACGAUUUCGAUUAUCUCGGUCAUCGUCUUUCCGUAUCGAAGCUCCGGAGGCGACUACUCCGACACUGAAGCUAAUUUUCCGUAAGAACUUAAUGACACCAAUAUUUACAGGGAGUAAAAUCAGUGACGUGGACAACAAUCCACUUGAGAUUAUCCUUGUUGAUGACUCAAACAAGCCGGUGAAUCUCAACCGUCCAAUCAAACUAGACAUCGUUGCUCUUCACGGAGAUUUUCCUUCGGGUGAUAAAUGGACUAGUGAUGAGUUUGAGAGUAACAUCAUCAAAGAAAGAGAUGGGAAACGGCCGUUACUUGCCGGAGAAGUAAGUGUGACGGUGAGAAACGGCGUUGCAACAAUCGGAGAAAUUGUGUUCACAGACAAUUCGAGUUGGAUUCGUAGCCGUAAGUUUAGAAUCGGUGCGAAAGUUGCGAAAGGGAGUAGCGGUCAAGGCGUUGUGGUUUGUGAAGCGAUGACUGAAGCGAUUGUUGUUAGAGAUCAUCGUGGAGAAUUGUACAAGAAACAUCACCCACCAAUGUUAGAAGACGAAGUGUGGCGGCUAGAGAAGAUAGGCAAAGAUGGGGCCUUUCACAAGAAGCUCUCCUCUCGCCACAUCAACACUGUCCAAGACUUUUUGAAACUAUCCGUCGUUGACGUCGACGAACUCCGUCAGAUUCUGGGGCCUGGAAUGUCUGAUAGAAAGUGGGAAGUAACAUUGAAACAUGCUAGAGAGUGUAUUUUGGGAAAUAAGUUAUACAUUUCUAGAGGACCGAAUUUUUUCAUGAUUUUGAAUCCGAUAUGCGAAGUUAUGAAAGCACUUAUCGAUGGUCAUGUUCUCUCUAGUCAAGAAUCCCUCAACCAGCCCUACGUUAAGAACUUAGUUCGAGAUGCUUACUCAAAGGGGAACUUUUUAGAAGUGGGCGAACGAACAGCGAACGAGGCUGCUCUUUUGACACAAGGUGAUGAUUUGGACCAACAAUAUGCUGCGAGCCACUACCAAAACAUCGAAAUCGAUAAAUCAUAUCAACAAAACGGAUAUGUUCAAGAGAGAUCUACAAACAAUUUGGAGAUAGUAAACGAAGGGUAUAUAACGACUCCAGCGGAAUUCAAUAUAUGUUUCACCGGAUCUUCGUCUCAAAAUCAUAUAAACCCUUUCUAAAUCCUCAUCUACGUUAGUAUUGGAAGACACGCCAUAGUGCCUUGGCCGAGAUUGGACUCUUUCUAAAUAAGGGUUUAAACUUUAAACUACUACUACGUACAUGAUGGUAAAACAUGUAUUCUAGAUCUGCUGAUCAUGAUUGUACAUAAAAGUGUGAAGUUUAGAGUUAUAUUUUUAGUUGGAUGGUAUACCACUUGUUCACGUUUUCACAGUUGUAUGAAAACGUUGUUUUUACCAUUCACGUUCAACAAAUUUUUACGUUUUUACGUUUUAGAAAAAUUGAUUCCGCUGUAUAUGUACGUACUUGAUGAAAGUAUUGACUAAAAAAAGAAAUCAAGAAUAUGAGGGUAACUUUGUGAUUUACUUAAAGAAAGCCUCUCAAAAGGAUUGAGUGGGGAUGACUCAAAUACUUAUUACCAAUUUGUCUCUGAAACUCUCUAUUCAAUUACCUUACCAACCCUAAUUUACACAUCAAUAGCAUAAUGAAAUUGAAACUUAGAAAACAAGCAUGAAUGAUACUAUUUGAUUAGGCAUCUUCUUAAUCAACCGUAGUUGUUGUUGUAGCAGAAUCCCUACGAAGCUCCUUGACGAGAGUAGCGAGAGCCUCAGGGUUAAGACCAAUAUCGCAAAGAGCUAUAAGAACAGACAAAGUAUGUCGAUCAAGACCUGUCUCCAAGAUGUUCGACAUCCGAAACACCAGCUCCAGUGACUCUCUCGCUGUUUCAGCUGCUUCCUGAUUCAUAAUACUCUGAAACCACCAAACAUCAUCCAGAACAAAAAAAUAUCAAUUUCGGAAACGAUUCAAUUUACAUAUGAAUAUCUACUCUAUUCUUGUACGGAUCUCCAUGGAUGUACAGAGAAUGGAAACCCUUAAAGUGGAAAUCGGAGACUUGCCGACGGAUCAAGAGAUACAUUAGAUCGGAAAAAGGUUAAGGAACAAAACGAACCGAUUAAUCGACGGAGAAAACGAA